AUGACAAGGGGGAUCUCUACGGCGUAUGGAUACACAGUACCGGUAAUCGACAAAAUUUGCGACCUCUGUGCUGGGUUUUUUGUCUUUCUUUUCCCGCCGUUGAACACAAGGGAGGAAAAUGCCUGCAAGCGGUGGGCUGUGAACGGACCCGUCUCCACGAACUCAAGAAGGACAAGACGGCUCUGUCGGAUGUCGCGGACGCAGACCACUCCACCAUGUUGCCCGAUCCCCUGUCUGAUUGGCCGGCUGUCAGCUUACGGUGUCGUGUGCCUCGUCGCAUGCCCUCCGUCAUCUUCGAUCCCUCCCCGACGCCCACCUUCCCCCUUAGCGGACGCGCGCCUGAUUGAUAACAGAGCCGCGUUUCCUAAGCGGACGUCGGAGCACAUGUUCCCCCUGAAGGGAGUACAAAGUACGCAGUCGAGGCAAAGCCGCAAAAGCAUGAAACCACAGCGAACCUCCAGAGAAGCUCGAGAGCACGGAGGGGGAACACAAGGGAGAGUAGUAGGGAACGGACCUGGGCUUCGAAGCAUGACGGAACGGUUGAAGCGCAGGAAGAAAGAGACUUUGUUUCGCGGUUGGACGUGCUUGACAGAACAAACUACCUACGUCAGGUAG